GAUGACUAUGGUUGUAGUCGCGCCUUCCUCCUGACGCAUGUGAGUUUCCCGCGAACACAGGAGGCUCAUGGAGUUGCCGUAGGUCAAUAGCUAAUAGCUAAGAGUUGUCACAGACCAGAAUCUGUCAUGGCGAAGCAAAGCUCACUUUUAAAUUUCUUCUCCAAGUCUCCUCCGCCGGUGUCCAAGCCGAAGCGCAGUGCUCACCCAACAGAGGCCGACUUGCCGUCCUCCAUCGAGAAGUCCAACUCUUCUCCAAAAGAAGAAGCUAAAUUACUCUCGAGCAAGACCACCAAAGCCAAAUCAAAGAGUGUCGUGAAGAAUGCGAGAGGAGGAUUCGGCGAUAAAGCGUCAACAGCAAAAGACGCGAGCACCACAUGCUCAUUCAAUGCAGGGUCCCUUGUGUGGGCAAAGUUGGAGGGGCACCCAUGGUGGCCAUGCAUGGUGGUACCUCAACCUCUGAGCGGCCAGCAGAUGCGAGGCCGUGGUCGGGCCCAGCGCAUACAUGUCCACUUUUUUGAUGAACCGCCCACACGAGGAUGGGUCAGCACCAAAUACGUCAGAGAGUACCAUGGUUCUGACAGUAGUGAUUCUAAAACCGGAGGAUUGUUUUUUAGUGCGAAGCCUGAAAUCCGCCAUGCAAUGGAGCUUGCAGACAAAGUCUUGUUUGAUAGCCCAGAAAAACGAUUAAAGAUGCCUCUCUGCUCAGAUCCAUCAGAUGAGGAAGAAGAAGAAAUGGAGCUUGAUCAGACGACAAUGACUGACGGCGAGGGCAGUGAUGAGGAUCAAGUGAAAAAUGAGGAAUUAAAGUCAUCAAAAGUCAGUCCGCAUCCAACCCGGUCCAAUGGAAAUAAAGCCAAGCGUCGCCGUAUAAUCGUGGCUUCAGAAAGUGAGGAUUCUGAGGAUGAAUUCAAACCAGAGCGAGCCGCUAGCAGCAGUGAGGAUGAUGAGGAAGAAGCCCCGGUAAGCAGUGAGGUUGAAGAAGCAGAGAGCACACAAGAGUCUGAAGCGGAAAGCCCAGUUAAGCCUGUAAAACGUAAACGUCCCGUGGAGAAGCCCGCGACGACAAAGCCAAAGAUAACCAGUAUCCCUUCCGGUGCAUCGAAACGACCUCGGGCGUCUACAUCUGGCGACACAAAGUCUCGUUUAUCUGCCUUUUCUGCCCCUGACAUCUUUGAAAGCCAGGCCAGCGGAUCAGGCACAGAUGGAUCCACAAUGUGGGACCACGAGAAGCUGGAGUGGUUGCAGGAUCGUAAGAGGAAAGAUAGUCAAAGGCGGAAAGUGACGGACGAAGGUUAUGAUCCUACCACCCUGUAUGUGCCGGAAGACUUCACCAACCGGAUCACUCCCGGUAUGCGUCAGUGGUGGCUUAUCAAAGCCCAGAUGUUCGACACUGUUAUUUUCUACAAGGUUGGCAAGUUCUACGAACUCUACCAUAUGGAUGCUGUGAUUGGAGUCAAUGAGCUCGGAUUGACUUUUAUGAAAGGGACCUGGGCUCACUCUGGCUUUCCAGAAAUCGGCUUUGCGCGCUUCUCAGACGUACUGGUCCAGAAGGGCUACAAAGUGGCACGUGUGGAGCAGACUGAGACCCCAGAGAUGAUGGAAGCGCGAUGUAAGACUCUGGUCAAGCCCACCAAGUUUGACCGUGUCGUGAAGAGAGAAGUGUGCCGGAUCAUAACGCGAGGUACCCAGACGUACAGCGUGUUGGACGGCACCCCUUCUGAGAGUCAGAGCAAGUUCCUGCUAAGUUUAAAGGAGAAACCCGAAGAUGAAGGAAAGGGUUGGUGUAGCCGCACCUAUGGAGUCUGCUUUGUAGACACCUCUGUUGGCCUCUUCCACGUUGGUCAGUUUCCAGACGACCGCCACUGUUCACGUCUACGCACCCUGAUAGCGCACUUUGCCCCAGCCGAAGUGCUUUUCGAAAAGGGGAACCCUUCGGUUGAAACGCGCAAGAUACUCAAGGCUUCUCUGUCGUCAGCGCUGCAGGAGGGGCUGAAUGCAAGCUCACAGUUCUGGGAUGCUCAGACGACUCUGAAAAAGCUGUCAGAGGAAGACUACUUCAGAGAGAGUGCAGGAAAGGACCAGGGCACAAAUUUUCUACCUGCUGUUCUUAAAAAAAUGACCUCUGACAGCGAUUCGCUCGGUCUUACCCCCAAGGAGGGUUACGAACUGGCGCUCUCAUCGUUGGGUGCGUGCAUCUUCUACUUGAAGAAGUGUCUCGUAGACCAGGAGUUGCUCUCCAUGGCCAACUUCGAAGAAUACAUCCCUGUCGAUGUUGAAAUGGAGAAAGCUGCCGGAGAGAAAAGUUUCUUUGCUCAGACUCGCCAGCGCAUGGUCCUGGACGGAGUGACUCUGGCAAACCUGGAGAUAUUUCAAAAUGGCUCCGGAGGUACAGAGGGAACGCUGCUGGAGCGCCUCGACACCUGCACCAGUGCUUUUGGAAAGCGGCUGCUCAAGCAAUGGCUCUGCGCUCCUCUGUGUAACCCAACAUCCAUCGAGGACAGACUCGAUGCACUGGAGGACCUCAUGGUUUGUCAAGGGCAAGUGUCCGAGGUUUCGGAGCUGCUGAAGAAGCUCCCCGAUUUGGAGCGCCUCCUGAGUAAAGUUCACAGCAUUGGCACGCCGCUGAAGGAUCAGAACCACCCGGACAGCAGAGCGGUUCUCUACGAGGAGGUCACCUACAGCAAGAGAAAAAUAGCAGACUUUCUUUCAGCGCUUGAAGGUUUCCAAACCAUGCAAGAAAUCGUCAAUGUCUUCGCAUCGGUUGCUGGCGACUUUCAGUCCAAGUUACUCUGUCAAGUGGUAAGUCUUCAAAAUGACAGCGGCGGGCUCUUUCCUGACCUCUCUGCUGAACUCAAGCGCUGGGAGACGGCCUUUGACCACCAAAAAGCACGAAACACGGGUGUCAUUACCCCGAAGGAGGGCUUCGACCCCGAAUAUGACCAGGCUCUGCUCGACAUCAAGAGUUGCGAUCAAAAACUGCAGGAUUAUCUGGACCGACAGAAAAAGCGAAUCGGUUGCAAGAAGAUGGCGUACUGGGGCACCGGGAGAAAUCGCUUUCAGAUGGAGGUACCCGACAGCGUCUCUGAAAGGAAUAUUCCAGAAGAGUACCAGGUGAAGUCCACAAAGAAAGGCUGGAAGCGGUACGUGACCACGGAGACUGAGCAGCUGUUUUACGAGUUGCAAGGAUUUGAGGAGAAGCGAGAUGCUGCCCUGAAAGACUGCAUGAGGAGGCUCUUCUACAACUUUGACAAGAACUACAGCAACUGGAAGACUGCAGUGGAGUGCAUGGCAGUGCUUGAUGUUCUGUUGGCCUUAUUACGCUACAGCCAGGGUGGAGAUGGACCAAUGGCUAGGCCACAAGUUGUUCUCCCAGGUGGCGCUGAGCAAAUCACACCCUUCCUUCAACUCACCGGUUCUCGUCACCCGUGUGUUACCAAGACAUUUUUUGGCGACGACUUCAUCCCAAAUGACAUCUAUAUCGGCUGCCCCGGAGGCAGCGAGGAUGGCGAUGAUCAAAAUAAUCAUGCCCCAUGUGUCCUCGUCACAGGACCCAAUAUGGGCGGAAAGUCCACUCUCAUGAGACAGUGUGGACUUGUGAUCGUGCUCGCUCAGCUGGGCUGCUUCGUACCUGCCGAGAGUCUGCGCUUCACGCCCGUCGAGCGAGUCUUCACUCGGCUCGGCGCUUCCGAUCGCAUCAUGGCCGGAGAGAGCACCUUUUUCGUUGAGUUGAGCGAGACUGCGUGUAUUCUGCACCAUGCCACCAAACACUCACUCGUGCUUCUGGAUGAAUUAGGAAGGGGCACGGCCACAUAUGACGGCACGGCUAUCGCCUGCGCGGUUGUGAAGGAACUUGCCGAAAAGAUCUGCUGCCGUACGCUCUUCUCUACACAUUACCACUCUCUAGUGGAGGACUAUGCCAACAACCCGGCGGUGCGCCUUGGCCAUAUGGCAUGCAUGGUGGAAAACGAAUGCGAGGAUCCAAGCCAAGAGACCAUUACGUUCCUCUACAAGUUCAUUUCUGGGCCGUGUCCUAAGAGCUAUGGCUUCAACGCUGCUCGACUCGCCAGCCUACCAGAAACUGUCAUUCAGUCAGGGCACAAAAAGGCCAGAGAGUUUGAGGAGAGGAUCAUCAGUCUUCGACUUUUCAGGAAGCUCUGCCAGUUUGCUGAAGACCCCACACAGGAUAAGACCCACUUUGCCACACUUGUUCAGAAGAUUCAAUCCAUGUAAUUUGGAAACUUAUAUUUUGGGCAAGUUCUGUCUCACUUCGCUUUAGUUUGGCAACCCCACACUCACAGAUGGUGCACUGUCCUCCUUUUGUGCAUUUGCAGUCUUGUUACUUUAGUGACACUGUGGCUUACUUUCAGACAUCGUCUUGUCAAAAUAUACCAAUUACAUUCCACGUUUUGUUCUGGAGGAGAAAAAAACACUACUGUCGUGAUCUAAUAAAGUUUAUUUUUUUAAAAAAAAGACAAUGUUCACCUAGGAAAUUAAACCCUUUUAAUUCAAGCUAGCGCCUACAUAACGGUUAUUGAAUACUUCACAAUAUAUUAAGUCUAGAUGUUAUGAUACAUGCAUACAUUUCAGUCUGAAUUAGGACCCACAAUCACCAGUACACAUGAAUUGGGGGAGGGAUAAUGAAAUUAUAUAGUGCUGUAUGUAGAUACUGGUCUCAGCUUUAAUGGAGUAAAAAGCCUAUUGGCUUUUCCUGCAACAUUGACAAAAGUGGGCGGGGGGGACUGAAAAGGAUUUCACAAGACAUGAGACCCAAUUAAGUAGAAACAAUGAAGCUAUUAAACUACAGGGUGGCAUAGACAGUUGUCAGACAGCCAUGAGUGCGUCAAAAGAAGAGAGCAGACGUGUCUUUUCAGUUUUAUCUAAUUAAGAGUCCUACAAAUACACAGAUACCCCUUAACAGUUCAUUAGAUGGGAGGGGGGAGUGAAUACAUUGAAGUAAUACAAGUCUUGUGAAAGUACAAUUCAGUCUUUGUGUUGCAAAUGUGCCAGUGUUGCAGGAGAAACUGCUUAGUGUUUCCCUCUCAUUUCUCGGGUCUCUUUCACAGAAAGAAGUUAGAUACUGCGACAUGAGUAUAAUUACAGCAACUCUGGGGUAUAAUAACCAACAAACAAACAAAAAACACGUAAUAAAAUAAAGACGUUCAAGUACAGUAAUAUUUUUGCAUGAAAAUACAAAACUACACAAAAAGCAUUAAAAUCAAACAUUUGAGUUGGAUGUUGUGGGCGGCGGAAGUGCUAGUUCAUAAAUUCUCAUACGUAACGUAUGAGGAGCUCGGUGAUCCAGCGAUGGAAGCAUUGUGACCUUUAGGGCCAUUUACUCCACCACAACGUAAUGUCUUUUUGCAACAUGUUUCUACAUGACUGCUUUUUUUUUUUCCCCCUCCAAGUUGAUGAUCCCCUACCCCAGUUGUCAUUGACACUCAUUUGGGAAACAUGACGUACCCACAAACCCCUCUACAUCUUUUUCAAAUCAUGUCACUUUUUUGUUGUUUUUAUAAAAUAAACAGAAAAGCUAGGCAUCUUAUGUCCAAGUCUUUUUUUUUCCCCAUUGUAAAUGCUCUGUAAGAGUCUAUAUUUAAAUUGGGCUUUCCUCUUCCUCCACUGCGGUCCCGAGCAUCCAUUACUGGUGAAGCGCGACUGGGCUUGUGGUCUGGGGCUCAGUUGUGCUGCAGCGUAUUGGACUCUAUAGGAGGCGCAGAGUCGUAGAGGGUGUCUGUGUCGUGCGUCGGCUCUCCGGCUAACGUGCAAGGGUUUGAUAGCGUCCCUGCACCACAGUCGCAGAAGAACCUACGAGUGACGAGAUGGGAAAAGGAUUAAAUCACAACGACAGAAUUGCAGCGUUGUUUAGCUAUUCAAUCGUAAAAGAUGCUAGGUUUACAACUGUGUUGGAUGACCACACUAAGGAGAAAUAAUUCAUCCAGUGAUUCAUGAAUAGUGCUGUGCACACUCACCGAUCGUGUCUGAUGAAUUCCACAUCGUGUCCCUGGUGGCACUUCUUGAUGCAAUUCACACAGAUGGCGUUGCGAUCUGUUGUGUUACAGGUGUGGCACCUGU